CCCAAAAAAACAAAAAAGAAAGAAAAGAGUAGUGUGUGGUUAGCUAGCUGUUUGUCUAUUGGAAUAGUGUGUGAUCAUUUUCCUUUCACUCUUUUUUUAUUUUUUUCUUUUACCCUGUGCAAAGAAAUGGAGGCUCUUUUUCUUUCUGUGUCUUCUUCAUCCAUAGUCCGAAGAAGUAAUUCUUGUUUCUUGAUCAGAAAGCAUGAUGUAUGCCGCAUGCAGUCAGCAGCAUUGAGGGUCAGGAACAUGGUGCACAGCCAGGGUGGCAGUGGAAACAAUGUUGUGAAAUCAAGUAACAUAUCAUAUGUUGUGACAGAGAGGUCUGCCACCCUGGAGCAAGGAAGCAAGGCGGCUUUAAUGGAGUCUACAGCAGGGAGCUUGAUUUUGGCGCCAAACGGGAAUGUCCAAACAGAUGUUGGGAUGAAGGAUUUGGUGCCUUAUGAUGGUGGGAGCUCGUCAACAGCUCUCGUUGAGAAGCAUGAUGAUGGCAUUGGUAUUGUCAAGUUCCUCCGGGGCAAAUCUUUCCUCAUCACCGGUGGAACUGGCUUUUUGGGGAAAGUGAAAUUUGCCACACAAUGCCAAAAGCUCAAACUCUUCCUCCAUGUGUCAACUGCUUAUGUUAAUGGACAACGGCAAGGAAGAAUCAUGGAGAGACCAUUCUGCAUUGGUGACAGCAUCGCAGGUGAAAGAGCAGGGAAUGGAAUUCACCAAAACUCAAUCCCUAAGCUGAAUGUUGAAGAUGAGAUGAAGAUGGUUCUGGGAGUUAAAGAAACACUCCAAGAGAGUGAAAUGUUUCAUAAGAUGAAAGAACUUGGCCUGGAGAGAGCAAAGAAAUUCGGGUGGCAAGACACAUACGUAUUCACAAAGGCGAUGGGAGAAAUGAUGAUUGAUGAUCUGAAGGGCGACAUACCUGUUGUUAUAAUCCGGCCUAGUGUCAUUGAAAGCACACACAAAGAACCUUUCCCUGGAUGGAUGGAAGGAAACAGGAUGAUGGAUCCAAUUAUUUUGCACUAUGGGAAAGGGCAACUUACGGGAUUCCUCGUAGACCCAAACGGGGUACUUGAUGUGGUUCCAGCAGACAUGGUUGUUAAUGCAACCUUGGCAGCAAUGGCAAAGCACGGGAUAGCUGGAAAACCAGGAACUAAUAUUUAUCACAUUGCUUCAUCUGUUGUGAACCCGUUAGUCUUCAAGGACCUGGCCAGGUUGUUGUAUGAACACUUCCACUCUAAGCCAUACAUCGACUCCAAGGGAAAACCGAUUGAUGUCCCAACAAUGAAGCUUUUCAGCUCCAUGGAAGCCUUGUCAUCCCACUUAUGGCGUGACACAAUUAACAAAAGUGGACUAACAAUGUUGGGCAAUACUAAUGGAAAGCUAUCUAGCAAAAUCCAAAAUGUCUGCAGAAAAUCAGUGGAGCAAGCUAAGUACUUGGCCAGCAUCUAUGAGCCAUACACUUUCUAUGGUGGAAGGUUUGAUAACAGCAAUAGUCAGAAGUUGAUGGAAUGCAUGUCUAAGGACGAAAGAUGGCAAUUCGGGUUUGACGUUGAGAGCUUGGAUUGGAAGCAUUACAUAUCAAACGUCCACAUUCCCGGGCUAAGGAGGCAUGUCAUGAAAGGAAGAGGGUCGUUGUGUGGCUGAGGGUGCCAACCACACAAUAAUGCUGCUAGAAUGCUAAUAUUGGCAGCUUAUUGUAAUGGAAGUAUAGUUGUGUCCUAAUUUUUCUUUCCUUUUUAUGUUUUCCUGGCUUUCUUUUUCUCCAACAAGAUGGGGGCAAAGAAAUUGCAUGUUGAUUA